AUGAUCAUUGCAAGUGAUGAAGAUAGGAAAAAAGAGAUUGAAGUUUUAAAUAAUGAUAUUGCUGAAAUGUCAAAGUUCUUGCAAACAAUUGAAGCUGGUGUUACAACAAUCGAUAAAAAAAUCAGUCACGUGUUAGAACAUGUAUUAAUAUUACAAGAUAAAAAAAAAGAUAAAGAUUUUUCACCUCCAAUUAAAAAAAUACCACCCAAUGAAAUAAAAAUCGAAAAUUUUACACUUGAUUUGCCAGAAAAAGAAUUUGGAAAAAUUGUUAAUUCUGCUUGGCAGCAUGAUCCAACUUUGAGGCCAGAAUUAAAUUAUUUAUUUAAUGAUUUAGAAAAAAUUUGUACAAAAUUUGCUAAUGUUUCAGGAAUAUCAUCAUCUAUGUUAUUGGAAAAAUUAAAUAUCAGCAAUAUUUAUCAAUUAGAAGAUUAA